CAGGAAAGCAGUCUCCAGGUAGCCUUCGACCGAGAGCCUCACCCCGCAUUUAUCCGUUCGCUGCCCCUGCGCCCCCCUCACCGGCGUCGAACGACUCCGGCGAGCACCGCCCUCCUCUCUCCCCUCCCCUCCCCUUCCCCUCGUUCGGAUCCGAGAUCCCCCGCCUUCCCCGGCAGCUUGCCCGGCCGCCGACAACCCCCGCCACCGCUAACCACUACAGGUACAAGGCGUCCCGCCACCGGCCCUUCUCAACCGGCCUCCUCCACCACCCGGCCGCCGGUGCCAUCGUCGCCGGCCUCGCCGCCCACCACCCGCCGGAGACGAAGGAGAUCGCCAAAGGAGGUUCCAUAACUUUCGUGUGGUGUUUGUCUAGAAAGUGGAAAAAAUAAAGACAUAGUGGAAGAUGAGAUCAGUAGUUCGGUCGUUGCGGCAGCUCCGCCGUUUCACCCAGCACCAUGCAGAGAGCCACUCAUCAACAACCAGAUUGAUCAGGCAGCAGAAUGCUUUGAUCAUGCACAGUUCGACAUCCCGUUCACUGAGAACACUAUGUCGUAGUGGUGAAAUUACCCGAUUUGCAAGUCCAAGUGUGGAUCUAAUGAGGUCCAUGCUCUCCACUGUAGCGGCUGAUUCGAUCAAAGAUAUUGGAAGAGGUGGUCCCAUGGUGGAAUAUGAGAGGAGAAUAGCAUCAGGAGAGCUUGUAGAUGGCGAUAGCUUUCAGGUUGACACAAUUCAACAAUUACAAAGGCUCUAUGAGGAGUUAAUUGAGAAUGAAGAAGACUGCCAGCUGGAUAGAUACAAGUCAUCUGAGAAAUCAGGACGGAGUCGAUGGCUAUGGUCCCGCCUCAUUGCUCAGCCUUCUACCUAUGCUCCAGUUAAAGGGCUGUACCUGUAUGGUGGUGUUGGUACAGGGAAGACCAUGCUUAUGGACCUGUUCUAUGAACAACUGCCAUCUAAUUGGAGAAAAAAACGUAUUCACUUUCACGAUUUCAUGUUGAAUGUACAUAGUCGUCUUCAGAUGCAUAAAGGUGUUUCAGAUCCCCUUGAUGUUGUAGCAGCCGAGAUUUCAGAUGAGGCCAUCAUAUUGUGUCUUGAUGAGUUUAUGGUNNNNGAUGUUGCUGAUGCUAUGAUUCUAAACCGGCUGUUCAGCCAAUUGUUCAGUAAAGGCGUUAUUCUUGUUUCGACUUCUAACCGCGCUCCAGAUAAGCUUUAUGAAGGUGGCUUACAGCGGGAUCUUUUCUUGCCUUUCAUUGACACCUUGAAAGAAAGGUGCAUUGCGCAUCCCAUUGGAUCUGCAGUGGACUAUCGUCAGUUGGGUUCUGCUGAGCAAGGUUUCUAUUUUGUUGGCAAACAUUAUAGUACGCUUCUGAAACAGAAGCUCCAAUCUUUAAUUGGAGAUGAGGAACCCAGCCCACAAACUGUUGAAAUAAUUAUGGGAAGGAAAUUACAAGUUCCCCUGGGAGCAAAUGGUUGUGCAUAUUUUCCAUUUGAAGAUCUUUGUGACAGACCUUUAGGUGCAGCAGAUUAUUUUGGACUCUUCAAAAAAUUUCACACCCUGGCACUCGAUGGUGUUCCAAAGUUUGGAUCUAGUAACAGAACAACAGCUUAUCGGUUUGUCACACUGGUUGAUGUUAUGUAUGAGAACAAAGCAAGGCUGUUGUGUACAGCAGAGGCUGGGCCAAUAGAACUGUUUGAGAAUAUCGUGACUGUUGCUGAAGCACACAAGGUUUCACCAAGGUCAUCACGCUCACAGAAAAGCGAUGAUCCCGACCUAUGUGUGGAUAACGAGCUUGGAUUUGCCAAGGAUCGUACUAUUAGCAGGUUGACAGAGAUCAAUAGUAGAGAAUACUUGGAGGGCUUCGAAGCUAGGUUGCUUCAACAGCAGCAGCAACCAUUGCAAGGCGUAGAUAAUGGUGCUGAUGUUGUACUAGCAUAAGUGGCAACAUCACUCUUUGCCUCAUUUGAAAUGAUCUUGUAUUCGCCCCACUUGGCUUACAUAGGCAACAGAAAAGCUCUGCUUUUCCAACAGUGAAGCAUGUAAAUGUGCAAUAAGCUGCAUAAGUAUUUUUUCGAACGGGUGGGUGACCCAUAAAAUGUUACUCAAUCUUUACUAAGUUUCUUUAAGAAAAUUGUAUUGUAGCACAUGUUAUUCAAACCUCCCGAGAGGCCAAGCUCAAAACGAGAUGGCCUUGGAAAGUAUGUUCCAGAGAGCCUCAUGGUUUUCUCACA